UCCAAGAAAGAGCGAAGCCAGCUCUUGCCAGGACUGGAGGAAGUCCCUGUUGAGAGCGAACCCUUAGGACCUGAGCUCGUUCUCAGACUGUGUCGAUUAUGUCUAAGCAAGGAGACGACUGCUACUUCUAUUUCUAUUCCACCUGUAACAAGGGAGACAGCUGUUCCUUCCGCCACUGUGAGGCUGCUCUGGGCAAUGAGAGAGUGUGCAGGCUGUGGCGGGAGGGUCGCUGUUUCAGGACUAGCUGCAGGUUCAGACACAUGGAAGUCGAAAAAAAACGCAGUGAGAUUCCUUGCUACUGGGAGAAUCAACCAGCUGGCUGUCAAAAAUCCAACUGUGCGUUCCGUCACACGAAAGGACGUUAUGUCGACGGACGCUUCUUCCCGCCAAGCAAAACUACGCUUCCAAGUCCCCCUGAGUCUGCAGAAGAUGCUGUGAAAAUGGCUCAGGCGUCACUGCAGCAAAACAAACUUUCUGUCCAGUCAAAUCCCUCUCCGCCGCUGAGGGGGGUGAUGAAAGCGGAAAACUCUGAAAAGGUCCCAAGUCCUACGCAUCCUCCAGUUGUAAUCAAUGCUGCAGAUGAUGAUGAAGAUGGGUACUUUUUACUUCCUGAAGACCAGCUUUCUGAAGAAGGAGGUGAAACUAAAACAGCUGUCCAGCAACCGGCAACAGAAGCCCCUAGUGGAUCACGGAUAAUUUCCACUAGGAAAUGCAGCGGUAAUACAAAGCAAGAGGACAAUUUAAAUUUUGGAAUAAAAACAGUUAAAGAAAUCAAAUUGAAGAAACUAAAGGAAAAAACAAAAAACCAAGGUGAAGGUCCUUCAGGAGUUUCUGUUCCUCCGCUCCAAUCUCGGGCUGUUCCUGUGCCAGAAAAGGAAAUUGUACGGACGGUAGUGAGAACUGUGACUCUGUCUACAAAGCAAGGGGAGGAGCCUGUGAUUCAACUGAACCUUGGCGAGAGGAUGGGAAAACGGAAAGCCUCCACAGCUGGUAAAAGUGUCCUUCCGCUAAAGCGCAACCUUGCUGACAGGCUGGGGAAGAAGACAGAGGUUCUGGAUAGUGCUGACAAAGCAGCAAAGAGAGGUACGGCUACUAAGCAGACAUCUGGAUUUGAUGCACAGAUUUUCUGUUUAGGUUUGCUGUUUGUCCUUUCUUCUAACGGUUCUUUUUGCCGGAAGGUGUGCCUGAAGCCUUUGGAUGGGAAAGCCACCUUCCCCACAAAGCAGCCACUGAAACGUAAGGCAGCCGAGAGUCAUCCCUCUGCCGUGGCGGCUGUGAAGCCAUUGAGUGCCACUGGUGGCGACGGGAAGGAGCCUUCAGCUAAAAAAGCAGCUGUGGCCAUUGUUCCGGCUUUGCCAGAGGACAGCCUCCUCUCCAUACGUGGGAGAGAAGAACCCCAAGCCAGUCCUGUACUGCAUCUUGGAAGCCAGGCAGACUCUGUGGCACAGUCAGAGGUCACAAGCUCGACCUCAGCUUCUUCACAAGUAGCAGUAAAGAAACACCGGUUGAACUUCUCAGGGGCCUGGGAAACCCCCUUCUCUGUAGAAGAUGACUUUGAGAAGUUUCUUUGGGAAAUCUCAGGAGGCAAACAGGAAGACGAAAUGGAUGUGGACCCAGAGAAUGAUGAGGAUGACUUCUUCAUGGAAAUUGGUGAACUGAUUGAUGGCUGAAAAUAAAGAAAUAAAUAAAUUGAAACGGAUUACUUUGUUGGAUACCCAGAGGUGAUUC